AUGCGCUUCUCCGCAUUGGCCCUUGCCGCCUGCUUCGGCGCUCUCGCAGUCGCCCAAAGCACAAGCAUCGCCGACCUGCCAGUGUGCGCUCGAAACUGCGUCGGCAGUAACCUAGGCGGCUGCAACCCCAUCGAUGUGCGGUGCAUAUGCUCCAAUACAGACUACAUCAGCGGCCUGUCGUGCUGUGUUCUGAACUCCUGCUCUCCCGAGGAUCAGCAGCGCACUAUUGACUUCGCACUCGAGCGCACCGAGUGCGUCAAGUUCGGCAUCCAGCGCCGCUUCCUCUGUAGCCUCGUCAGUUUCGUCUUCAGUGGCAUCCCAAGCAGCUUCCGGGACGUCAACCGCCGCAUCUGCAGCGCAGGCUACAACAAACGCGGCGUCACAUAA